CUGAGACAGAGAGAGAGAGUAACAAUGGCGAGUGGUGUUGGUGGCGGAUCAGAUGAGGAAACUGUGAGGAACAAGCAGGUGAUCUUCAGGGACUACGUGUCUGGUUUUCCGAAAGAGUCGGACAUGGACGUGACGACUACAACGGUGAAGCUGAAGCUUCCGGAGGGGUCCAAUGGGAUAUUGGUGAAGAACCUUUACUUGUCAUGCGAUCCCUACAUGCGUAUUCGGAUGAAAAGAAUUGAGGGUCCUAACCUUUUUUCGUCCUUCACACCUGCCUCUCCAUUAAGUGGGUUCGGAGUGGCCAAAGUUGUGGAUUCCGGGCACCCAGAGUACAAGGCAGGGGACUUGAUUUGGGGCACAACCAGAUGGGAGGAGUACAGUCUCAUCACGGAAAUGGAUGGUCUCUUUAAAAUCCAGCACAUUGAUGUGCCCCUUUCCUACUAUACAGGAAUUCUUGGUAUGCCUGGUUUGACUGCUUUUGCCGGAUUCCAUGAAGUUUGUUCUCCUAAGAAAGGAGAAUAUGUCUUCAUUUCUGCGGCAGCUGGUGCAGUUGGUCAGCUUGUUGGGCAAUUCGCAAAGUUGAUGGGUUGUUAUGUUGUUGGAAGUGCUGGUAGUAAAGAAAAGGUAGAUCUACUAAAGAACAAGUUUGGGUUUGAUGAGGCUUUCAAUUAUAAGGAGGAAAAUGACUUGAAUGCUGCUUUGAAAAGGUACUUCCCUGAGGGCAUUGACAUCUACUUUGAGAAUGUUGGGGGGAAAACGCUUGAUGCAGUGAUUCUUAACAUGAGAGCCCAUGGCAGAAUUGCUGUAUGUGGAAUGAUCUCACAAUACAAUCUUGAGCAGCCCGAAGGUGUUCAGAAUUUGAUGCUGCUUGUCUAUAAGAGGAUUCGCAUGGAAGGAUUUGUUGUCUUCGAUUACUAUAAUAUCUAUUCCAAGUUCUUGGACGUAGUGCUGCCUUACAUCAGAGAAGGGAAGAUAGUUUAUGUAGAGGACAUAGCUGAAGGUCUUGAGAGCGGCCCGGCAGCGCUUGUUGGACUUUAUAGCGGCCGCAAUGUCGGAAAACAAGUUGUUGCAAUUGCUCAUGAUUGAGAUCAUGUCAAAUGCUUUUAUGCCGUGUGGUCCUCCUUGUUAUGCUAUUAAGAAGACAAUCGUAAGAAAAAAAAAUUGUUGAGAAAAUUUUAUAAGAGAAAUGAUUGGUGUAAAUAAUUUGCCAAUAUUUCUCUCAUACUCUCUCAUAUUUAUCCCAUAUUCUCAUUUUAUAAAGGCCAUAGGUAGGGGUGGGUCAAUUGUAUUUUUACCGCUUGGACGAUGUGGCACUUUACUUAUGUGCCAAAUAUGUUGAUGUGGCAUUGUGAAAUGCUUUUAUGUAUGAUGGUCCUCCUAGUUGUUGCAAUUGCUUUGUACGGUCAUUUGAGAU